AUGUCAUUAAAGCCAGAAUAUAUAAAACUUAUUUCUUCUGAUGAUUUUAUAUUUGUUGUUAAAAGGUCUCAAGCAUGCGUCUCCGGAAUAAUAAGAGAAAUGCUUGAUGAAUCCAAUCAGUUUUUAGAGUGCAAGAAUAAUGAAAUAAAAUUUAAAACUAUCAGUGCUAAAUUAUUAUAUAUUGUGUGCCAAUAUUUUUAUUUUCAUGAAAAAUAUAAAAAUACCGAGUCUAUACCAGAAUUCCCAAUUGAACCAGAUAUAGCGAUUGAGCUUCUAAUGAUAUCCGAUUUUUUAGAUGGUAAUAAACAAAAUUAG